AAAAAUCACAUUUUUAACACAAAAAUGGCUUCAAUUCCAUGUACUCUCCACUUAACUUUCUCUUCUUCAAGACCCAAUUUUUUUUCAUCAUGUUCAGUAAGAUUGAAUUCUUGUUUUAUGGGUUUUUCGAAAUUGAAAAGUAUAGGAUGGUGUAGACCAAAUGGAUUAGGGCCAAAUUGUGGUUCAAGAACUACUUGUUGGUUUAAUUUCAGACAAAAUGCUGAAACUGCUGGAGUUUAUGGUAGUCAAUCUCGUGAUGAUUUUGAUAGAGAUGAUGUUGAGCAGUACUUCAACUACAUGGGCAUGCUUGCAGUUGAAGGAACAUAUGACAAGAUGGAGGCUCUUUUAAGCCAAAACAUACACCCGGUCGAUAUUUUACUGCUGAUGGCUUCCUCUGAAGGCGACUUGCCAAAAAUCGAAGAGCUACUGAGAGCUGGAGCAGAUUACACAGUCAAAGAUGCAGACGGACGUACUGCCCUUGACAGGGCUGCUAACGAUGAAGUCAAAGACUUCAUCGUUAACUAUAAAGCCCAGAAGGCAUAAACGUAUCAAGUUUUGUUAUUAACCAUUAGUGUAAGUUUCAUCUUCUCAUUACCGUCAUAUUUUUUUAGAUCAACGCCAUUUUACCAUAUGUGAGCUCUAUUAUGUAUCUGUUUUGAGAGCUUGUAUGUUACGGGCGGACAUUUUACCAGAGGUUUCUAAUCUAUCCUCGUGUGAUCUAUAACGUUCGUUCAAGUACUUAUGAAAGUUGAUUUGCUUG